CUAAAUGAAACUAUAUUAUUAAAUUGAUAUAAAUGGUCUAUAAAAAUUUGAACAAUCUCGAAUAAAAAGUAGAAUUAACAGUAACUAUAUUACAAUUAUGGCAGCAAAGGUUCAACAUUAUGAUCCACCAAGCUCUGCAAGCUCUGAAAGCGAUGACUAUGAACAAUGCUUAGAAAAUCGUGGAAUAUUUUUAUCUGAUGAACAGAUUGAAGAACAUAUUAGAGAUAUGGGUACACCAACACCAUCAUCUGUAUCAUCUAGACCAUCGUCUACUGGACUUCAAAAAUCACCAUAUAUGCGUAGAGAACGAACAACAAGUUGUUCUCAAUCUAAUAAAAAAACUGCAGCAGAAUCGAUACUUCAGAGCAAAACUAGAACUAUAUACACAGCAGGAAGGCCACCCUGGUAUGAUUCAACUGGACAACAAGUGGAACCUUUUAUAAUAGGUAUUUGUGGUGGUAGUGCAUCCGGUAAAACUACUGUUGCCACAAAAAUUAUAGAAUCACUUGAUGUACCAUGGGUGACAUUACUUAGUAUGGAUUCAUUUUAUAAAGUUUUAAAUGAAAAGCAACAUGAAAUGGCAGCUCAAAAUGAAUACAAUUUUGAUCAUCCUGAUGCUUUUGACUUUCAGUUACUCAAAAGUACAUUGCAACGACUUAAAGAAGGACGAAAAGUUGAAGUACCUAUAUACAAUUUUGUAACACAUAGCAGGGAAACUAGAACAAAAAUGAUGUACGGUGCCAAUGUAAUUAUCUUUGAAGGAAUAUUAACAUUUUAUAAUGCAGAAAUAUUAAAAAUGUGUGAUAUGAAAGUCUUUGUUGAUACCGAUGCAGAUGUAAGACUGGCACGACGUUUAAAAAGAGACAUUUCCCAAAGAGGCAGAGAUUUGGAAGGUGUAUUAAAACAGUAUAGCACUAUGGUAAAACCGGCCUUUUAUUAUUAUAUUGCACCUUCGAUGGUCCAUGCAGACAUAAUUGUUCCCAGAGGCGGUGAAAAUGCAGUUGCCAUUGAAUUAAUAGUACAGCAUGUUCAUACUCAACUUCAACUAAGAGGGUUUAAAUUGAGAGAGAAACUUGCUCAUUUAUACAUUGGGCAACCACUUCCUAAUUCAUUAUACUUACUUCCUGAUACACCGCAAAUAAAGGGUUUACACACUUUCAUAAGGAAUAAAAAUACUCAUAGAGAUGAAUUUAUUUUUUAUUCGAAACGUUUAAUACGUUUAGUUAUAGAAUAUGCUUUAUCGCUAUUACCUUUCAAAGAAAUCACUAUUGAAACUCCACAAGGAUUUUUAUACAAAGGAAAAAGAAGUGCCACAGAUAAAAUAUGUGGAGUUUCAAUUUUAAGAGCUGGUGAAACUAUGGAACAAGCUGUAAGGGAUGUAUGCAAAGAUAUAAGAAUAGGAAAAAUUUUAAUACAAACAAAUUUACAAACUGGUGAACCGGAAUUGUAUUAUCUUCGCUUACCGAAAGAUAUUAAAGACUAUAGAGUUAUUUUAAUGGAUGUUACAGUAGCAACUGGUGCUGCAUCUAUGAUGGCUAUAAGAGUACUUCUUGAUCAUGAUGUUAUAGAGGACAACAUUAUGCUUGUAUCUUUACUUAUGGCUGAGUCAGGAGUACAUUCAAUAGCUUAUGCUUUUCCAAAUCUAAAAAUAGUGACUUCUGCACUCGAUCCAGAAAUAAAUGAAAAGUUCUAUGUAUUACCGGGGAUCGGUAAUUUUGGAGAUAGAUACUUUGGAACUGAGCCAUCUUCAAUUAGUGAUUAGUGGUUAAAUGCUAAUUAACAAUAUCUGUUAUUGGUAAAAAUAUACACUAAUAUCUUGAUUUUCAAUGAAGACUGUGAUCAUUUCAAUUUGAUUAAUUACUUGA